CAUGGAACCAGGUUCAGUAAGAAGAACAAGGACAACAUAGAUCCUUACAUAUACACACCCUUUGGAAGUGGACCCAGAAAUUGCAUUGGCAUGAGGUUUGCUCUCAUGAACAUGAAACUUGCUCUAAUCAGAGUCCUUCAGAACUUCUCUUUCAAACCUUGUAAAGAAACACAGAUCCCCCUGAAAUUACGCUUUGGAGGACUUCUUCAACCAGAAAAACCCAUUGUUCUAACGGCUGAGUCAAGGGAUGAGACCGUAAGUGGAGCCUGAUUUCCCUAAGGACUUCUGCUUUGCUCUUCAAGAAAGCUGUGCCCCAGAACACCAGAGACUUCAAAUUACUUUGUGAAUAGAACCCUGAAAUGAAGAUGGUUGUACUGCAUAAAUAACUGGGGAUUCUGUACAUGUAUUGAGCUCUCUCACAGUCUAUAUAGAGUGUUAUACUCGGUAACAUAAAGGAGAUGAACAAAUCAGUUCAUCUGGGGAGGUAGAUUUGGCUUUUCUGUGUCUCAUAGGACUAUCUGCACUACCCCCAGUUAGCACCAUUAAUGCCUCCUGAGCUCUGAUAACAGAAAAAACAUUUCUCA